AUCCAAUUCCAUCUCAGAACAACAACUUCUCUUGCAAACCUUCAUUACCAACACUAAUUCAAUAUCCAAUAUUUCCUACCCUUUUUUUUUUUUUUCUUUUUCUCGCUUCCAAAACAAACUUCAAUCACAUCAAUUCCUUAACCUACAUUUUUGAUACCAAAGUCACAUUUUCUUCUACUUAGACUCGUUAAUUUUCUUCGAAAUGGAUCGAGUAGCGAAAUUGGCAUCGCAAAAGGCGGUAGUGAUCUUCAGCAAGAGCUCAUGCUGCAUGUCCCAUGCAAUCAAGAGAUUGUUUUAUGAACAAGGGGUUAGCCCUGCUAUCUAUGAACUCGACGAGGAUUCGAGAGGUAAAGAAAUGGAGUGGGCUAUUAUGCGUCUCGGGUGCAACCCUUCUGUUCCGGCCGUGUUCAUUGGUGGGAAAUUCGUUGGCUCGGCCAACACGGUCAUGACACUUCAUCUUAAUGGCUCGCUUAAGAAAUUGCUCAUAGAUGCUGGAGCCAUCUGGCUUUAGCAAUUCAAAGUUCAAACCAUGGACGAAUAACAAUAGUACUAGUAAUUCAACAAGUGCUCUCAGUGUGUCCCAACUAAGGCUAACUCAGUUGGAUUUUCUUUUUCACUUUAAAAUCCAGCGGCUUCACGAAGUACAUUGUAUGGAUAAAAUAACACAUCUAUAUAUAUAUAUAUAUAGAGUCUUACCAUAUGGUGUCAAAUGUAAUUAUAUAUAUUAAAUAUGACACUCUUUUGAAUGUACAACUUUCUGUUACAUAAUCAUAAAUGUAAACUUUUGGAGAUAACUAAUUAUGUAUGUGUAUUAAUUAAUUUGUUUACGUA